GCCUCACCUCCUCCCCCCUUCCGCCCCGCGCCUCUCAGCCAGCAAAAAAAAAAAAAGAAUAAAUACCCUCGACAAUCUUCCAAAGAAGCCGCCGCACCUUAUCAUGGACACCAAUAUGGAAGAUGUCGGGCGAGGGCCGACCGACGUGGCGCCGGUGCACACGGAGCCCGCGACGAGAUCGACGCUGGAACAGUGGAUUGAGAAUCUGAUGAACUGCAAACAGCUGUCCGAGGCCGACGUCCAGCGGCUGUGCGACAUGGGUCGAGAAGUCGUCCAGGAUGAAUCAAAUGUGCAGCCAGUGAAAUGCCCCGUCACAGUCUGUGGCGAUAUCCACGGCCAGUUCCACGACCUGAUGGAGCUGUUCAAGAUUGGCGGCCCCAGCCCCGACACCAACUAUCUCUUCAUGGGUGACUACGUCGACAGAGGCUACUACUCGGUCGAGACGGUGUCGCUCCUCGUCGCCCUCAAGAUCCGCUACCCGCAACGCAUCACGAUCCUGCGCGGCAACCACGAGUCGCGCCAGAUCACACAGGUGUACGGCUUCUACGACGAGUGCCUCCGCAAGUACGGCAACGCAAACGUGUGGAAGAUAUUCACCGACUUCUUCGACUACCUGCCCCUGACGGCCCUGAUCGAGAACCAGAUCUUCUGCCUCCACGGCGGCCUGUCCCCCAGCAUCGACACACUAGAUAACAUCAGGGCCCUCGAUCGAGUCCAGGAGGUCCCCCACGAGGGCCCCAUGUGCGACCUGCUGUGGUCCGACCCCGACGACCGCUGCGGCUGGGGCAUCUCUCCCCGCGGUGCGGGGUACACCUUUGGCCAGGACAUCUCGGAGGCCUUCAACCACAACAACGGCCUGACGCUGGUGGCGCGUGCGCAUCAGCUCGUCAUGGAGGGAUACAACUGGUCUCAGGACCGCAACGUGGUGACCAUCUUUUCUGCUCCAAACUACUGCUACCGAUGCGGUAACCAAGCCGCCAUAAUGGAGAUUGACGAGCAUCUGAAAUAUACCUUCCUGCAAUUCGAUCCGUGUCCGAGAGCCGGAGAACCAAUGGUUUCUAGACGCACACCUGAUUACUUCCUCUAAUCUAGCACCAACGUUGUCCAUCCACCCAAGUUAUCGCUGUAAAGGGCUGUUUGCAAGAGGGUCUAUAGCUGUUAGAGCCCACGAAGCCGGGCAUCUACAAAAUAAUGUACGAUUAAUCCUACUGCCGGUCCGCGCCCACGCCGUGACGAGUCUGAAUGUGAAGAGUUGCCCAAGUGCGCCGCGCCAUGGGGACAGAAGACGGAACAGGGAUGAUGCUAUGGGGGGGUUGAGGGGAUGAUUUUAGAUGGCCGGACCCAGGAGCCGUUUGAGAUGGGAAUGUGAUAC